CCCCACGUUCAGUCGUGUCUUCAGCGAGGGGAGCCCGCCGGGAGACUGGGGGCGCCUCAGGCGUCAGCAUUAGCCGCGUCUCCGCUCCGGGCCCCCGGCUAGGACUGAGGCAGCAUGAGCGUGGCGGAGGUGGAGGAGCUCGUCUCCCAGAAAUACGAGAUCAAGAAGCGCCUGGGCAAGGGGGCCUACGGAAUUGUGUGGAAAGCAAUUGAUCGCAGGACAGGAGAAAUAGUUGCUGUCAAGAAGAUCUUUGAUGCUUUUAGGAACAGAACAGAUGCUCAGAGAACAUUUCGGGAAAUUAUGUUCCUGCAGUUAUACGACUACACAAAGGGCGUGGACAUGUGGAGUAUUGGCUGUAUUCUCGGGGAGAUGCUGCUUGGAAAACCUCUUUUUCCUGGAACAUCCACAGUGAAUCAGAUAGAGCAGAUCUUGAGUGUCAUUCCUGCCCCAUCCCAGGAAGAUAUUUUAGCUAUCCAUUCAGACUACAGAGCCUCUGUUAUUAACCGCAUAAGCUCCAGACGACGAGUGACAAUUGAGGAAAUUUUACCCUCCUCUACCCCCCCUUAUGCCUUGGACCUUCUAAAGAGGCUUUUAGUAUUUAACCCUGAUAAACGGCUGACCGCAGAAGAGGCCCUGCAACAUCCCUAUGUGAAAAGGUUCCACUGCCCUGCCAAGGAGCCCUCUCUGGACUACGAUGUGAUUCUUCCUUUAGAUGACGAUAUCCAGCUGUCUGUGGCAGAAUAUCGGAAUAAACUGUAUGAGAUGAUUCUGGAAAGAAAGGCAAAUAACCGUCAACAGAAACAAAUCCAGAGAGAGAAUCUUCAACCAAGUCCAUCUCAGUUCAAACCAUCUCUUCCAAACACCAGCUCUGUGCCUUAUUCUACCAUCAGGGAUCAGAAAGAGCCAAGACCCACUCUUAUGAAAAGCUCACAUGUGCCUGCAGGGCCUACAAUACUUGGUGAAGUUUCCAGCCAGAGAGAGGAUUUAGCAGGAACUCUCUGCCAGAGACCUAAAAUCAACAUGCUUUACAACCCCAUAACGCACACCACUGUUCAGAAUAGUCUGGGUUCUGUUGUAAUGGCCAGGAACCAUUCAGCACCACUCCCUCAGCAUCAGAGAACAUCCUCCAUCAAUAGGAAACAUGGGAGACAGAUCACAUGGAUGAAUAUGAAUGCUCAACCACCUGCAACGAGCGUACAGAAUCCCUAUAAUGAUCAGCAAGUGCCAAAAGAUCCUGACUCUCAAGGUCAGUCCGUAUCCAACCAGAGAUCGUUUUCACUAUCCAGUCAGGCACAGGAAGCUGCUAUCCACAAUCACCUGACCAGGAAGGACUCUCCCAUGAUGGUUGGGGUGACAGCAGCCAGUACCAGACUAAAUCCAAGGAACCCACAGUUUCCCAGCAGGGAUGCGCACCCUCUUCUGAAGUCCAGUAAAAAGAUGUUUCAGGUCACAGCAAAUAUGGGAGCUGCUGGAGAUCCCAAGGCAUCGAUGGGCAGUUACUCCCAGUCCUAUGGGACCAUCUGUAAAUCUGCACUCCAGAAUCUUCCAAUAUCAAAUUCCUACCAGCAGGCACCAGCAUUGAAUACGCACCAGCACUGACCAAGUGGAGUACAGCCCAAUCCACCCAUCCACAGGCCCUGUAGGGAACAAACAGCUGGGGUACAACCCCACUCCCAAGCAUUUGGCAGGACCCCAAAUGCUAGAGAAGUACUGUCUGCACUCACCAUAUGGGGCACAGUGCCACUUUCUCUGAGCAAGAUAGCAAGAAUGGUCUGGCAUUCUGAUCCAUUUAACUUCUCAAGCCUGUGCAAAGACACAUGGUAGGCAGGGGACACAGCAUCAUUUGUUUCCAUACAACGCUGUAGGCACAGUUUAUCUUUACAUACUAUUCCUCAUAUUCAGUAUCAUGGAUAGCUACAGAAAGCUGCUUUAUUCUGCUACUGGCUUGUGUUGUUAGAUAUAUCCAGGCUGAUUUGUCCAUCUCUAUUGGCCUCAAUCUGUUUGUGUUCACUGAAUCCAAACUUUGGAGAGGAGCAGGUAACUAAGAAUAGACCAUUCUCUGAAGCUCAGGAAGACUAAAUUUACCAUGGAUAUCUUGAACUCCCUUCACUUUAUGUUCCCAGUAAUUCCCAUACCCUUUUGGGGUACAAAAACGGUUACUAACGUUCUCUCACUCCAAUAAAGUAGUUCCCUUUCUUUAUGUAUUUUUCUCUAGUGUAUUUAAUACUAUAACUAUCAUGUGUGGAUAUACUCUUGUAUGUAUUGUAAUA